ACAAUGUGGAUCGCUACGAUAACACAGACUCUAACGAUUCUCUAUCAAUUCAAUUUCAUGAAGACGUCAUUUAUGUACACAAAAUCUGCUGGACAUGGGCCAUCGAAAUGACUGGCAAAUUAUGUCAACUCUCAGCAGUGACCCGGAGAAUUAUAAAUUUAGUAGCUUCUCGCGAGUCAUUUGAUGUGCACCUUUUCGUAUCUCUAGUGCCGAAUUACUAAGCAAUUUGUUAGUAAAAUAAAUAAACAAAAAUGAAGAUUUUGUGGUUACUGCUAUUUAGUACAGUCUGCAUCAUUCUAAUCCAAGAUGUGCAAUCAGCAAAAAUUCUUGGAAUAUUCCCGACAAUUGCUAAGUCGCAUUAUAUAGUGGGAUCAUCCUUAAUGAAGGCUUUGGCAAACAAAGGCCAUGAGGUAACUGUAAUAAGUCCGUUUCCACAACAGAAGCCGUUAAAAAAUUAUCGAGAUAUCACAACGACUGAAAUAUGGCCAGUUUCUCAACCAAUCAUGGCCAAUCUAUUGAGUGUCGCCAGCAAAGGAAUAAUACAGAGUAUCACGGAUGCAUAUGAUUUUGGCCACCGUAUUACGAAUACCACAUUGAACGACCCUGCAGUGAAAUCACUAAUCGACUCAAAUGAAACCUUUGAUUUGAUUAUUCUUGAGAUAUUCAUGACCGAUGCUAUGUUAGGUUUCUGUCAUCACUUCAAGGCACCAUGUAUCGGUGUGUCUACCUUCGGAGCAUCAAAAUGGACUGCCGAUUUGGUUGGGACACCAUCCCCACCGUCCUACGUUCCAAAUGCACUUCUCGGCUUUUCAGAUCGCAUGUCCUUCAAAGAGCGCCUACUAAACACCUUGAUGAGCGGAAUUGAAAUUGUGAUUGACAAAAUUUUAGAUGCUCCCGUACAAACCAACAUCUAUGAGGAAUCUUUCCCAGGCCCAAAACCUACCCUCGUCGAGUUGAAGAAAAAGGCAGUAUCGUUAGUACUGCUAAAUAAUCAUUUCUCAAUUAACUAUCCUCGACCAUACGCCACUGGAAUGAUUGAAGUUGGCGGAAUGCAUAUUAAUCGGGUACCAAAAGCACUCCCCGCCAACAUUCAAAGUUUCAUGGAUAACGCAACCGACGGAGUGAUAUACUUUUCGAUGGGUUCGAACAUAAAAAGUAAAGAUUUGCCAAAAGAAAAACGUGACGCACUUUUGAGUGUAUUCUCAAAAUUGAAGCAGAAGGUUCUAUGGAAGUGGGAGGAUGAAAAAUUGCCAGGUAAACCGGAUAAUGUAUUUAUUCAAAAAUGGUGGCCCCAAGAUGACAUCUUGGCGCACCACAACGUGAAGCUUUUCAUCACUCAUGGAGGUCUUUUGAGUACAACUGAAUCACUGUAUCAUGGAGUGCCCGUCGUCGGAAUUCCCAUUUUCGGCGACCAAUAUUUAAAUAUGGCUAAAGCAGAGAUCGGAGGAUACGGUUUAACGGUAGGUUAUGCAGAUAUCUCCGAGAAGAAACUCUCCGACGCGGUCAAAACGAUCUUAAAUGAUCCACAGUUUAAGAUCAAUGCGUUGACAAUUUCUCAACGAUAUCGAGAUCAGCCCAUGAGUCCUUUAGAACUGGCAGUCUUCUGGGUGGAAUAUGUGAUUCGCCAAAAAGGUGCGCCACAUAUCCGAUCGGCCGCGAUGGACCUUAGUUUUAUACAGUAUCACAAUCUGGACGUAUUGGCGUUGCUGAUAGGUCCACCUAUAGUAAUACUACACAUACUCGUUAGAUUGGUUUCCCGAAGAAAGUCCUUAAAGCCAUCGAACAAAACAGAUAAGCGGAAGAAGCAAAAUUAACAUAAUAAUGUUUGAUGGAAAAGCGUUACGGUACAAAUUGUGAAGGUAUUAGUGAAUCAACAAAACAAAAUAUUUUUAAAAUCAAUAAUGAGAGAACAUAUACAGUUUUAAUAUGUUGGCUAAAAAAUAAACUAUUGAAUUUGCUAAUUAAAGUGAGAUAGUUUUUAUUUAAUUUUAAAAACUAACAAACAUUGUUUGCACCCCUAAUGCGUACGCUGUUUCUGUGUGGAGGUAAUACCUAACUUUGAUUCCCACAGUGGUUCUAUCCUUUGAUUUUUUAUGGGACCCACCACUACAUAUUUGUAUAUUGGCUACACAAUAGGUGCAGAGGAAAACAUAUCUUC